AUGGAACCGGUGGCAUCCUGGGGUCCUGGGCCGGUGGUGGCCUGGCUGAGAGGCCUGGAUGACCUGGUACAAGGGUACCCCUUUGAGGAGUGGGCCCUGUUGGGGAGUGAUCUGCUUCAGCUCUGUCCUCAGAGCCUGGAGGCCCUGGGGGUCCGGCACAUUGGCCAUCAAGAACUUAUUCUAGAUGGGGUGGAACAGCUCCGGACUCUGAGCUCUGGGCUAGAGACUGAAAAUCUCCGGAAGCUAACAGAGAAACUGCGGACCCUAACCCACAAGUUGUGCAGUCUUGUCCCAAGCUGCCUUGGGGCCAGUGGGGAACCUGCCCAAGACCUACUCACUGGAGCCAUUGAGCUGAUCUGAGCAGCUUGGGCCCUUCUCUGCUGGCUCAACAGGUACCUUUUUUCUCAAAUCAAUGACUUCUCGGCCUGCCAGGAGAUCGGGGAUUUGUGCAGGGAGCUGGCCCAGGCCUUGCAGGAGGUACUGGAGGGGAACAGACAUAUUCCAGGAUUUGAGGAGAUAUCUGGAGUUGGGAUGAGAAUGGAUUCCCCUGUGGCAAAAAAGAAGGCCCAGAUCCUGAGGCUUGGGGACAACAUUCUGAGCAUCUGUGACGCCAUUCUGAGCUUCAGCCCUGACGACUUGCUGGAUCAGCUAGCUGUCUUGGAACUGGUGGAGCUGAGAGCCAGGCGUCCUGAGGAACCCCUGGGCCUGGAAAUCCUAACCACCAGUAGCUGCCACCACUUUGUGUCUGGAACAGCCCCAGAGUCUCCUGCUGACAGGUGUUCCCAGAUCUUGCUUGGAGACGAGAUUGUCCAGGUCAACGGGCAAGUGGUGGUGGGCUGGCCCCGGGCUAGCUUGUACAGGCAACUAGUCCAGGACCCGGCCCUCCUCAGACUGCUGCUGAAGACUGUUCCUGUGCCCAAGACUGCCCCUCAGAGCCCCUUGGAUACUUCCUGCUCAAGGAGUCAAUCACCAGGCUUGGCCUCCCCAUCUCCUAGAGCCUCAGGAGACAAAGCUACUGCCUUCAUCUUUGACCAGAGCCCAGACCCAAGACCCCCCAGCUCCCCUGAGGCAGGCCCAACCACACCUUUAGCUUGUGGCAAUAUCUGGGACUCUGACGGGGUACCCAGUUCCCCCAGAAUAGCAGAUCCCCUCCCAGCAGCUCAGCCAGAAAGAGAGGAAUCUGAGAAUCCCAGAUCUCCCAAGCCCUUAGACAAGAGUCUUUCCUGCACUCGGAAGAAGUCAAAAUCCAAAGGGGUGGCGACCCGGCUGAGCCGGAGGCGGGUGUCAUGCCGGGAGCUGGGCCGGCCUGACUGCGAUGGGUGGCUCCUGCUUCGGAAGGUGCCUGGAGGUUUCAUGGGCCCCCGCUGGCGCCGAUGUUGGAUGGUGCUGAAGGGUCAUACCCUCUACUGGUACCGACAGCCCCAGGAUGAGAAGGCUGAAGGGCUGAUCAAUGUCUCCAACUACAGCCUGGAGAGUGGUCGGGACCAGAAGAAGAAAUAUGUGUUCCAGCUUACCCAUGACAUGUACAAGCCCUUCGUCUUCGCUGCUGACACCCUGGCUGACUUGAGCAUGUGGGUGAGCCACCUGGUGACUUGCAUUUCCAAGUAUCAGUCUCACAGCCGAACUCCUGCACCCAAAGAGGAAGAUUGUUAUAGUGAAACAGAAGCAGAAGACCCAGAUGAGGAAGCAGGGUCCCGCUCAACCUCACCCAGCCCAGUAGGAGUCUGGAGCUCUCCCCCUGGAGAUGCCUCCCCGCCAGCCACAACCCCCCAAGGCAGUCCCCGGGUGUCACAUAGCCCUUCAACAGCCUCAGAUAGCAGCAGUGAGGGAGCACUGGAACACCUGGUCCGGGGCCUACAGCAGGGAGGAGUGUCCCUUCUGGGCCGCCCACAGUUCUUGACCCAUGAACAAUGUCGCCGCUCUUUCCUGCGCCGUACCCAUGACCCCCAGCUCAAUGAGCGGGCCCAUCAUGUGCGAUGCCUGCAGAGCACACUCAAGGCAAAGCUUCAGGAGCUGCAGGUCCUGGAUGAAGUGCUGAAUGACCCCAUGCUGACUUCUGAAAAGUUCCAGAGGUGGAAAGAGAAAAACCAGGAAUUGUACUCAGACCAGCCUGGAGGCUGGGCUGCCCCAGGGGCUGAAGGGACCUCCUCCCCCGACCCUGGAACUUGA